GUGUGUUUGUGCAUAUACGUGUGUGUAGUGCACUGAUGACUCUGUGUUAUUAUUAGCUGCACGUGUCGAGUCAGAUCAAGUGAGAGGUGAGACAUUCAGCUGAGACAUCUCGUGUCAGAUGGAUGAUAUUAACUUCAGACAAUCAACUUUUUCUUUCUACCCCAUGUGACUGCUAAUGCUCUAGGAGGAUCAGAAAAAGAACAACUUGUUUUGGAUAUCAACCCCAUAGUCAUCGCUUUCUUUAGCGUUUCAACAAAGACAUCUCAAAGUGUCUAGGAAGAAUCUAGAUCUUAAACUAACAACAACAUGAAUUCCACCUGAAGAUGUGUGUAACGUGACAGCGUUUUGUUUCACUCGAGUGUCGUUGGAUGUGAAAUUCUAACAGAAAGAAUUCAAUUCAAAUUUCCAAUCUUGCUUGACAUCCAAAUAAUUGGCCAAAUUAUGAGUUGUGUCAAAGUGGAGUUCACUGCUCAUUAGACCAAUUUGUUGACAAGAUUUGUCCUCUAACUCGCAAUCAUGUCGCCGCUGGCUUUACGGGUGACCAAGUUGGUCAUAUUUGCCAUAAUCACGGCAUCGGUGGCGAUCAUUUAUUUGAAAUUGUUCAAACGUCCGCCCGUAGACGUCCUCAUGAAAAUGAACAAAAAGAGUAAAUUUAAUCACGACUUUGGCGCCGAAAGUUUUAGGACAGUUCAUCCAGUCCUGGAGGAAAACGAGAAAGGCCCAUUAGAUGAAUUAAGUGACACAGAAGAGAACGACGUUUCAGAGGAUGACAUUGAAGACUCGGACACUUAUUGGAGACAAUUUAUUGAAAAGAAUCAUUUCAUCCCUAUAGGAGGAGUUUAUAAUAAAUGUGAGGGUACAAAGUUACAGCUUGGGAGUGUGAUACUGAUAGAGAACAAGGAAGAUGGAAGUCUCCUGGCCAGGACCUUCGUCAACUUCACCCUACACGACAAUGUGACCUCAGGAACGUUCUCCAUCAAGGUCAAGUACAACAGCAAAGAUUUAUUUGAGUACAGCUGGGAGCUGUGCGAGUUAGAAGAUGACAUUCCGGAAGUGAACAGGACAUUCACGUGUCCAAUCCAGGCCGGCAAGUUCAGCAAAGUAAAAGAUAAAACAAUACCUGGCUAUUUACCUGCCGGCAGAUAUCAAACUAAAGCUUGGAUUGUGGAUGAGCACAAGAAGACAUUACUUUGUGGAUACUCAGACUUCAGCCUCUAACGUUCUAGCGUGCAUUGGAUAGUCCUAAAGGAAGGGGGGCGCCAUGGCGCUGUUAGUCAUGUGCAUUAUGUACUGUUUAUUUUCUAUUUCUGUUCUCCAUCAAUAUUCUCUGUACUUGCACUAUACUUCAGUAAUUGAAGUAGGUUCAAAAAUAUGGUAAAGUUUUAAGCUUAAAGGAGUUGGUUCUUAGUUAAAACGUUAUUUAACAUUUUUUAAAAAUUGUUUGAGAUGUAUUAUGAACGCCCGGCAAACGCAGUUCCAUGUGUAUAAAUGCUUAAUGCUGUAUGUGGAAGAUGACGACUUCUAGAAGUAUACCUGUGUUAGAAUGAAAACUUCCGGUACAUAUAACCUUGUGGGCUAUGGCUGUUAAAAAUUACACCAUGUUGUAUUGACAAUAUCACAUAUCUUUGCACAUUUGAAACAGAAUUCGUUGAUUAUUAUUAUUAUUACAGAAAGCAAUGUUUCGAUAUAAAACCGACAGUGGUGUGAAAACAUUGUCGACUGGGGCCAUACAUAUUUAGGACACGCCUUCUCAUCUCUCGGAAUUUUAUAAUGCUAUUGAAGCAGAAGUUUUGAUGGGCCCAAAAGCACAUAACGGGCCGGAUAUGGCUCGCGGGCCGCAGUUUGGACAUCAAUAUAGAGUAUAUUUUAUUCUACACAUUUAAUAAGAGUUUUUGUUAUUUAAUGUGAAACUUUGUUUCUGAGUCAAUAUAUACAUGUCAAUGUUUCCUGUCACACUGUUAUGCGUUAACUAACUUUAUUUGUAAAACGAGGCUUUUUUCUUUUUUUUUCUUUUACAUUUUUUCAACGCUCUUUCCUUCCUACCUCAUAGAAGAGUUUCAUCCCUUUUCAUGUCGUAUAUUUAAACGGGUUUAUUUACCUUAGGCUUGUAGAGCGCAUUUUAUUUAUGGAACAAGAGAGAGAGAGAGAGAGAGAGAGAGAGAGAGAGAGUAUUCUGUUUUAAUUUUUUUUUUGAAACCUAAAGGAAGUAAUCUUAAAUUAUUUUGUUGACCUAAUUUAUUUUCACUUUCCACAAAAGGUAUCAGGGCGCUAUGAAAUACAAUAUCUUUCAUUUAUUUAUCA